CAUCCAGCAGAGACAGAUGCCAGUCUUUAUGCUUCGCUCAGACGAAGUCUUAAAACUGAAUUGUCAAAACUUACAUGGAGAGAUCCUGAAGCAAGCACUGUUGUCGGUCAUGAUGAAGAGCGAAUGGGAAAGAAGGCAGAUAUUAUGGGGUUGAUGAAACAAAUUGAGAGCUUAUGUACGUUGAAUCUUCCGUAUCAUUUGCACGAAUUAGAUGACGAUGUAAAAUGCAUGGCGCAGACCGGCUU